UCCAGCAUACAAGCUUUGUGACUGAGAACAGGUGCAAGUCAAACAGCCUGCUGAAGUUAACAGCAACAGGAGUGAAGUAGACCAGUCUUACAUAACAAGCAUGCAGUCCUGGGCAAGCAAAGAAAGUGGACUCAUUUUGUAAGUUACAAUAUUAAAUAAAAUUGGAAGCAGUUCUGAAAUUUUACUGCUGCAUUUCAAAGCAGCAGCAGUAUGAUGAUCCCAUCAAGCCCAAGAACUGUUUUGUUCCUGUUUACUGCAGUUUCCAUGACUUCUGCACAAAGUAACAAGGGCUUUGGCUGUAGGUCUUGUGGGAUGCCUACCCUCAAACCAGGAACAGAAAAUGAAGUACUAAUUGAAGCAGCAAAGCAGCAUGUCCUCAGCAAACUGCAUAUAAAGGAAAGACCCCGGAUUGCAUACCCUCUCUCUAGAGCAGCUCUCCUUAUUGCUUUAGCAAAACUACAGAAGGGGAAAGUCAAGCAGGAUGAAGCUCUAGGACAGCUAUAUGACUCAGUGAAGCAAGCUGUAAUUCCCCAAGUCGAGGAAGAAGGAUAUGAGUUUGUUACUUUUGAAGAACCAGGUUCCUCCUCUGCUAGACUGAAUUUUAGCUUUUCUAAAGACAAGAGAAAACAUGUAAAAAUUAUGCAGUCAAACCUUUGGCUGUUUAUUGUAUCCCCCAAUGACUGCCUUAAAAAAUUGACACUGACAGCAUUUUUAGACAUGCCAAGCAAAGAAACGCAGACAUUAAUCAGCAAAAAGCAGUUCAAUAUAAAGGCAGAGGGUUGGCAAACAUUCCCUGUGUCAGACUCAGUUCAAGGUUUUUUUGACAGAGGAGAUAAGGGUCUUGUGUUUGAGAUUGAGCAGGAUGGCUGCCUAGGCACGCAGAACUUUAUUAAUGUUAAUGAGAGCCACCGCCCAUUUCUUGUAACUCAGGCUAGAACUCACAAACAUGACCAUCAACUACAGAAGCGUGGUCUUGACUGUGAUCAAAACAGCAAUAAUUGCUGCAAGAGAGAUUUCUAUGUGAGUUUUAAGGCAAUUGGAUGGAAUGACUGGAUUAUGGUGCCUGAUGGAUUUCAUAUGAACUACUGCACAGGGCUGUGCCCUAUGCACCUCGCUGGAACACCAGGAGUAGCUGUUUCCACAUUUGCUUAUGUUUCCAGUCUCAUCAGAGCGAACAAGCAGACAUUUGUGACAUCUUGCUGCGUACCUAAAGUGACUAAACCACUAUCCAUGUUGUAUUUUGAUGAAAAUCGGACCAUCGUUAAAAAGGACAUUCCAAAUAUGAUUAUAGAAGCUUGUGGAUGCACGUGAGAAGCAGAGGUUUGCAAUAGCUACAUUCAGCCUUUUGAAGAGGAAACUCCUUAAAAAGUACAAGCUGAAGAAACCCUGUCUAUCGAUACUGCAAAAAAGAAAAGCACACAUAGCACUUUCGACUUGGACAUUUUUAUUUUUGGGGAAUGGGAUUUUGUUACUGUUUUUGUAUGUGCAAUGUAUACCCUGUUAUUUAUAAAAUGGACAGCACAGUUGUCUGCCCUGAACCAGUAAGAUAAUUUAGAAUGUUAGGUGCUAUAGAGUUACAAUUGCCGGAGACCCGUUUACAUGUUUUUUGUUGGCCUCCCUCCUCAGUGUGACCACCAAACUCCUAUCUCCUACUGGCUCAUUCAUUCUUCCUUUUUGCUAGCAUACAAGGACACCAGGAGAGGGAGGCAAGAACAAAAGAUUGCAAACAUUACAGUUUAAAUGAUUUUUGUAAGCUUCUAACAGCUGCCAUUGUUAACAUGAAGGUGCACUGCAAUACCCCUGCACUGUAUCCUGUACUAACGCACACUUCCACACAUAUGUGAUUCCAUGGAAAGAGUGCAUGUGCACUCCUUGGCAGGCUUAUACUCACCAAAGUCUCUAGAUGGAAGUGCUGCAAUUCUUGACCUACUGUAGGUGGAGUUCCUGCAACAGGAUGCUGCCAAUAUCUUUCCUGGAAAGGGUAAGCUGGCAGUAGCUGUUUACGACCAUCCAUCUCCCACCAGAUCAUAGACUCUUUGUUGAACCCAGGUCAUCUGUGGUAUAGUCAGGGUGAGAUCCUCUAUGCUAGGGAGGUGGCUUCAUCCUGUACCACACUGUUUAAUAUUUUUACAUAUCUUAAAUAAUUAUAAAAUGUACUAUUACUCAUCUGCUCUCAGUCACAGAAACUCUUCCACCUUAUUAGGUCACGCGCUAGACACUGAAUUAAUAGGCUAUGCAUACAAACCCCAGAAUCCACAAUGAAACAAGAGUGGAGUCAGGCCUGAUUAAUACUGAAGCAUGAAAGCCAUUCUCCUUUUUCAAGGUAGGACAUAUAACUUCAGUAAUUAUUAAAAAAUGUACAGAAGAUGUACAAUAGUGAAAAAUUUUCCCCGUGUUUACUCAUUGAUAUUUUUAUAACUUACCCAUGCUUUCAAAGAGAGUUUAUAGAUUAUCAUAAAGCCUAAAACAGUGAAUAACUCUUUUAACACACAUUCCCACAUGCAUUAUACAUUACAUAAUGCAUUCACUGGCUUUCAUUGUUGUUAUUUUUAAGUAUAUUUAAUAUAAUGCAGCAAAUAUUUAAGAAAUAGCAUGUGUUUCUUUUGACAUGGUUGAAACAUUUAUUUUUCUCUACUGGUAAUAUUUUCUUUAUCAUUAGAUCGAUACCUCUAUUUCAUCAAAGUUUGACAAUGUAAAAGUCUUAUGUUCUUACAUUUCAUUGGAUAUUAAGAAAGUGGAUCUCAUGUCACCUUACAAAAUAUUUUUUAGAUCCUAGUCAUUAUUUUCUCAGUUGCUGUUGAUUUGUCUUGUAGUUUUCUGUUGCUGCUUCCUGGAAAAAUCAAAAACUGGAAACACUGAUUCUAAAUGUGACAGACAACUCCAGGCUCACUGUGUGUAUAUUAAGCAAUCAAAGAAACAAAACAUGCCACAGAAGCUAACUUGCACAAACUGCAAAGCCUGUACUGGGCCCCUUCAUGGUGGCUGAGCCCAAAUGAUUUUACUUCAAUGCUGUUAUUAUUUUUGCCAACACAACUGAGUUAAAAAACACACACACUACCAAGCUGCCCAAAUAUGAACAUGGGUAGAAAUUAUACUGUUUCUGAACUGUAAUGCUCAAUGUUUUUAUAAAUGUCUAACAAACAUUUUUCUGCCAAUAAUUGUAUUUUAAAAGGAAGUCACUGAUGUUAUACUAAAAGUUCUAUUUGAAGCAAUAUUUUUGUAUUAAAAAGAAAAUACUUUCACAUGUUAUGUUUUUUUUUUAAAGUAAUGCUGUGCAAGACUCCCUUCUGAAAUAAUUUUAACAAAGAUCAUCACUUUGUUUUAUUAG